AUGGCGGCAGCAGCCGGCACGCUGAGUCACUCCACAAGCGCGCCACCGCAGUUCUACUUCGACGAGAAGUGGAAGCUCUCCAAGAAAGAGUCCUCGUCGCGCAGCACCCGCUCCUGUUCCGGCGCUUCAACCGCCGCCGUCGCUACGCCGCUGAUGAAGAGGUCGUCGUCGUCGUCGCACCGGAGGUGUUCGUUCACGAGGAAAUGCGCCAGGCUGGUUAAGGAGCAGCGCGCCAGGUUCUACAUCAUGCGGCGAUGCGUCACCAUGCUCAUCUGCUGGCGCGAUUACAGCGAUUCUUGA